AGGAUCGUAAACUCUUUGUGGGCAUGCUCAGUAAGCAGCAAACAGAAGAAGACGUUCGACAAUUAUUUCAACCUUAUGGAACAAUAGAUGAGUGUACCAUCCUCCGGGGACCUGAUGGCCAGAGUAAAGGCUGUGCAUUUGUGAAGUUUGGCUCUCAUUCAGAAGCACAAGCAGCCAUCAACGGACUUCACGGUAGCCAAACCAUGCCAGGUGCGUCGUCUAGUCUGGUUGUUAAAUUCGCAGACACGGAAAAGGAACGUCAGAUGAGACGGAUGCAGCAAAUGGUGGGAAAUAUGGGCCUCGUCAGUCCGUUCGUAUUGAGCCAGUUUGGUGCGUAUAGUGCCUAUGCACAGGCACUGGUUGUUGUUUGUGGUACCUUCUAUUUAGAACCUAGGAUUCUGAUGAUCUCUUUCCCAUUAGUUACUAAUCAACAUUCUUCACAUCCAGGAGCUCAGUCUGUCAAUGGCACCAUCCCAAACAUUCCUUCCCCUACCUUGCCUACUUCAACCAUACCUCAAGCUAAUGGCCAGACAGGUGAAGUGUAUGCAAAUGGAAUGCUUCAUUAUCCCCGUAAGUUUUUUUUAUCUCUUUCAGCUCAAGCAUUACCAAAUGGCGAAGCGCUCCAACCUUCUGCUUAUCCGAGUUUACAUGCUUAUCCGGGAAUCGCCGCCGCAUAUCCUGCAGGGUACGGGCAGUUUGCUCAAGCACUGACCCAACAGCCAACACUUAUUCCCCAGUCUCAAAGGGAAGGGCCAGAAGGAUGUAACUUGUUUAUCUACCAUUUGCCACAGGAAUUCGGCGAUGCUGAACUCAUGCAGAUGUUCUUGCCUUUCGGAAAUGUCAUUAGUGCUAAAGUUUUCAUUGAUCGUGCGACCAAUCAAAGCAAGUGCUUUGGCUUUGUAAGCUUUGAUAACCCUACAAGCGCCCAAACCGCGAUCCAGGCCAUGAAUGGAUUCCAGAUUGGAAUGAAACGCUUAAAAGUUCAGCUAAAGCGGCCAAAAGACACCAACAGACCAUAUUAAUACUGAGGCCAAUUCUUAUUUUAUGGAAAUUCAAGUUGCCAAGAGCGAGAAGAAGAUGAAACUCCGUUGCUGGGCUGGAAUCACGUGAUCUUCUUGUAUCUUCUCCUUUCCAUCAAUGGUUACAGUCCGUGAUGUGGACCUGUAAUUUUUUCUCAUAAACUCAGAAAGCCUAGGAAGUGGGCUCAAAUAUGAAUUAUAUAUACACAUAUAUAUGUGAAUAUAUAUAUAUAUAUAAAUGACUCACUACAGAAAUAGAUUUGCCACUGUAAUUUAAAAAAAAAAAAAG